AUCAGCGGCAGCUUCGACGGCGGCAUGAAGAUGUACGACCGCGUCCCCAGCACCUGCACGGGCAGCGAAGGCGGACAAAAGGACGCGGCCUUCAUCCUGGAGGACGGCGCCACCCUCAGCAACGUCAUUAUUGGAGCCGGUGCCGGAGAGGGUAUUCAGUGCCAGGGCAGCUGCAACCUCGUCAAUGUCUGGUGGGACAAGGUCUGCGAAGACGGCGCCACCUUCCGCCAGACGGGCGGCACCUCCACGGUCAAGGGUGGCGGCGCCCGCGACGCCCCCGAUAAGCUCUUCCAGCACAACGGCGGCGGUACGGUCGAGGUCUCUGACUUUUACGCAAAGAACGUCGGCCAGUUCUGGCGCUCGUGCGGUAACUGCAAGACGCAGACGGCGCGCACUGCGGUUUUCAACAACAUCUACGUCGAUGGCGGCAAGACGGUCGCUCACUACAACGGAAACCUCGGCGAUAAGGUCACGAUCAACGGCGCUUGCGUCUUGGGCGGUGCUACGGUGUGCAAGAACUCCAAGGGCGUCACUGGUGGUGGCGAGCCUGGCGAUGCGGCUGAUGAUCCGACUAUCUGCGUGCAGACUGAUGUCAAGACAUCUGGCUGCUAA